AAAAAGCAGAUGAAAAAAAAAGAAAACUCGAAAAGCAAGCGAUCAAAGACUCAAAAAAACAACGAAAAAAUACAAAAGGCACAAGUAACAAACAAUCAGGAAACUUUCCAGGAAUAUCUGUGAUAUAUCCAACACCUAAGGGUUACGAAACUCAUAAAUUUGUCGCUAAUGAAAAUACACAAUAUCGACCAUCACCUUCACCAAUUUUUCAUUUGGGGAUGAUGUCAGUUAAUAAUAACGAUUUAAAUGACAAUAGUCCAAAUAUGCAAGCACCAACGUCGUCAACAAUUGACUCUUUUGGCCUUCAACCUUCAACGGAUAUUGAGCAAAAUGGUUUAAUUAAUCAAUUUGAUGUUCAACAAUUUAUAUUUUCGAAUAAUAUGACAGCUUAA